UACGCAACGCGCUCUUCUCCGAAAGGCAGAAUCAGGCGGAUAUAUAGUGUGAUACGAGGCUAUAUAAGCGGCGGAUGCGCACCAAAAGCCAACAGAUGGUCGCUGACUGUGCACGCGUGUGGUUAUCGGAGAUCAGUAAACAGCCAAACUAAACACCUAAACUUAUUGUAAUAAAAACGAGUGGAAAACUCUAAGUAAUCAAAAUGCGGCUGAAUAUUUAUUCAGAAUUUUGAGGCAGCCAAAAACUCUUUGAAUCUACAUGGAAUCCAAAAUUCCGAGAGACGGAAAAGACAACAGUGAAGUCCCAUGAGUGCAUUUCAAAUUGGAAACUAAAUGAGCAUCUGCUGCCGUAGCAGCCAGAAAAACGAAAAAAAAACGGAGAGUCACUCGUGUCACUUGCAGACGGAAAAACAACAAACGACGGCCAGGAAGAACAAUACAACACUACGUAAUAUACAGCAUAUAUAUCCCCAAGGCGGAGGAGAUUGCAGAACGAUGAUAAUCAGCAUGAACCAGACGGAGCCGGGACCUCUGGCGGCUGGGGAACAUCUGAGUGGAUAUGCCAGCAGCAGCAACAGUGUGCGGUAUCUGGACGACCGGCAUCCUCUGGACUACCUGGACUUGGGCAUGGUGCACGCCCUCAACACAACGGCCAUAAAUACCUCGGAGAUGAAUGAGACUGGGAGCAGGCCGCUGGAUCCGGUGCUCAUCGACAGGUUCCUGAGCAACAGGGCGGUGGAUAGCCCAUGGUACCACAUGCUCAUCAGCAUGUACGGCGUGUUAAUUGUGUUCGGCGCCCUGGGGAACACCCUUGUGGUCAUAGCCGUGGUCCGGAAGCCCAUCAUGCGCACUGCCCGCAAUCUCUUCAUACUGAACCUGGCCAUAUCGGAUUUACUUCUAUGCCUGGUCACCAUGCCCCUGACCUUGAUGGAGAUCCUGUCAAAGUACUGGCCCUACGGCUCUUGCUCCAUCCUUUGCAAAACGAUUGCCAUGCUGCAGGCACUUUGCAUUUUCGUGUCGACAAUAUCCAUAACGGCCAUCGCCUUCGACAGAUAUCAGGUAAUCGUCUACCCCACGAGAGACAGUCUUCAGUUCGUGGGCGCAGUGACGAUCCUGGCGGGGAUCUGGGCACUGUCCCUCCUGCUGGCCUCGCCGCUGUUCGUCUACAAGGAGCUAAUCAACACCGACACGCCGGCGCUCCUUCAGCAGAUCGGGCUGCAAGACACUAUACCGUACUGCAUUGAAGAUUGGCCUAGUCGCAACGGGCGCUUCUACUAUUCGAUCUUCUCGCUUUGCGUUCAGUACUUAGUGCCGAUCCUAAUCGUCUCGGUGGCCUAUUUCGGGAUCUACAACAAGCUGAAGAGCCGCAUCACCGUGGUAGCCGUGCAGGCAGCCUCCGCCCAGAGGAAGGUGGAGCGCGGACGGCGGAUGAAGCGGACCAACUGCCUGCUGAUCAGCAUAGCCAUCAUCUUCGGAGUUUCCUGGCUGCCGCUGAACUUCUUCAAUCUAUAUGCGGACAUGGAACGCUCGCCGGUCACUCAGAGUAUGCUGGUGCGCUACGCCAUCUGCCACAUGAUCGGCAUGAGCUCCGCCUGCUCCAACCCACUGCUCUACGGCUGGCUCAACGACAACUUCCGUAAAGAAUUUCAAGAACUGCUCUGCCGUUGCUCAGACACUAAUGUUGCUCUUAACGGUCAUACGACAGGCUGCAACGUCCAGGCGGCGGCGCGAAGGCGUCGCAAGUUAGGCGCCGAUCUCUCCAAGGGCGAACUGAAGCUGCUGGGGCCGGGCGGGGCCCAGAGUGGUACCGUCGGCGGUGAUGGCGGUCUGGCUGCCACCGACUUUAUGACCGGCCACCAGGAGGGCGGACUACGCAGCGCCAUUACCGAGUCGGUAGCCCUCACAGACCACAAUCCCGUGCCCUCGGAGGUCACCAAAUUAAUGCCGCGUUUGGAACAGUACUAAAUUGGCAAUCAAUCCUGGAGCAGCGGGCGGCUGGAGCGGCGUUCGAGUGAUGCGACUUCCAAUUCGCUCUUAGAGUUACAGAAAAAACACAUAUUGUCCAGUGAUCCAAAGCCAAGCUGAGUUACACUUAAGUUAAGACACACACACACACGAGUAUCAAUCUAGAAGCCUGUAAUCUAUUCCUAAACGAGCAUCUCAUCGCAUCCAUCAUCCGAGUCGGACUAAGUCUAAGGUUUGAUCACUUUCGUAUCCGGAAAGUAAUUGAUUGAGCCCCCAAUUGGAUUUCGGGUAUUUGAUAAGUCGAAUACGCCUAAGACCUCAAAUAAGUUAUCUUCAAACAGUUCCUAGCAAAUACUUUCGUUUUCUCAUAGCUAUUUCUUGUUAUCAUCUAAGCUUAGAUUUAGCCAUUAUUGAUGUUCUGUUUGCUAUUAUCUAAUGUUAGGGUAACUUAAAUGUUCACGAAUAGAAAGUGAAUUUAAUUUAUAGUCCAUAGUUGUAAAGUAAACUUUAAAAUAAAUGUCAGCAACUUUAAAACAUCCUCAGAAAAACUGUUUCAAUGCCUGUCAGUGGCAAACACAGCAAAAUAUUUUAAUAAAUGUUGUUUACAAGUCCUGCA